CAUUGCGUUAUUAGGCCCUCUGCAGGCAUGGUGAUUAUUGGGAUUUUCUUACUGGCUUUCGGGCGACUCGUUGCUGGAGUGUGUAAUACCAAAACAGGACCGGCCGGAAGUUUGGAAUGCGUCGCCUUUAAAGACUACAACUACAAAUACCAGUGGAGCACGUGUCUCUCUGACGCCUAUAUACAGCGAAAAUCUGGCGGAACGCAUCAGUGCGUUGAUCGCACAGCCGUGUACUGCUAUUAUCAGUGCAUGCUGGAGAGUCACGAGCUCGGCGAAGGUCCUGUUUACUACGACUGCGCAUGUGACCCAAACUCGCCACUUAAAUCCCCGCUGCCAGCCAAGUGUUACAGCCCAGAUGGGACGGAUUGCUCUUGGCCAAAUACCCAUGCAAAGAAUCUGGAAGUUCUUACGCUAUCGGUUUUGGCGAUAAAUUCUGCACUCUGUACGACCAACAUAAGUCUAAGUUUGAUACGACUGGGCAGCAGUGGAUUGACGCUGUUCGAAGAUGUCUCCAGGUAGCACUGGUGCCACUUAUUCGUCAGUACACGAGUGUCAGUUGUUCUACAAUCAAGAUGACUGCCUAUGAAAGCCAUUCGGCAUGCUACACCAACCCAUACCCCGGAGCUCCAUCCAUAUGUACCCUUGGUGCUAAGAACCUCUUUCAGGUUUUUGUCACCGUUAAAUCUGCGUUUGUCGAUGACUUCUUCGCAACAGGUGAUCAACUUCUGGAGACAGCGCUGAAAUGUGGAGGCCUCUACACAGAAAACGCCAUUAAGAUAGUUAUGCAAGGAGUCUAUACCACUACUGACUACAUUGAUAACGUUUACAACAAAGUAAUGAAGGGUCUACGCAGCUACUUCAAGAACAAACUGACCUCACUUGCCGACGAUG